UCAGUCAGUCAGUCAGUGAUGUAUCAUUGCAGUGGGUGCACGCGCAGUGCUCGUGUCUUCGGUUAGUUUUGUUUAGUAAAAUGGUGAAAUAUCUGAACCCGUGAGAUUUUAGCGUGAUUUUUGCUCAUCGUUAUGGAGGUUUAUCCGUCUGAAAGCGAUAGGAUGAUGGAGGCUUGGCUUGACGAUCAUCCCGACUUCGCGCAUUCAUACUUUGUCCGAAAAGCGUCUCGGGAAAUGGUCAACGCCUGGUUUGCGGAGCGUGUUCACUGCAUCCAACCAUCUAGAGAAGGAACGAAAGCCCCAUCAGAACCUUUCACAGUCCUCCAUACUCUGGGUCCAACCGAUGCACCAUCUCCCAGUCCAACACCGUCCACUCCUACACGAAAGAUCUCGGCAUCGGAGUUCGAUAGACCUCUUCGUCCCAUCGUGGUGAAAGACGCGGAGGGUGCCCUCACCUUUCUGACUGACACGGAGAAGGUAGAGAUGCCUCUUUCUACCUCUCAGCGGACGGGAGAUGGGGCGGAUGAGGGCGGAGGAGGUCUGGAUACAAGUGGAGACCGCUGUGCUCGUCUGCUGGAACUCGUACGAGAUGUUUCGAGUCACUUGGACCUUACCACUCUCUGUCAUAAGAUCUUUUUGCAUACUCAUGAGUUGAUUUCUGCGGACCGCUACUCGUUGUUUUUGGUCGGUGAGGACAGCUCGAACAGGAAGUUUUUGGUUAGCAGACUUUUUGAUGUCGCAGAAGGAACUACACUGGAGGAGGCUUCAAACAGCGGCAUUCGACUCGAAUGGAACAAAGGCAUUGUGGGAUAUGUGGCGGCCACGGGAGAGCCUCUGAACAUUAAGAAUGCAUAUGAGGAUCCGCGCUUUAAUGCAGAAGUGGACCAGAUUACAGGGUACAAGACACAAAGCAUCUUGUGUAUGCCUAUAAAAAACCACAGAAAUGAGGUUGUCGGGGUUGCACAAGCGAUCAAUAAGAGAUGUGGAGAAAACAGCACGUUUACGGAGCAGGACGAGAAGGAAUUUUCUUCAUACCUGGCUUUCUCCGGCAUAGUGCUCCACAACGCCCAGCUCUAUGAAACAUCGCAGCUAGAGAACAGAAGAAACCAGGUGCUUUUGGAUCUGGCCAGUCUGAUCUUUGAGGAGCAACAGUCAAUGGAGGUCCUGCUGAGAAAAACUGUAGCAACCAUUUUGUCUUUCAUGCAAGCGCAGGGAUGCACUGUGUUCAUUUCUGACCAGGAAACAGCCAAAACGUUCUCCGGUGUGUUUCACAUGGAAUAUGAAGAGCUCACUGGAUCUGUUGACUUUUCAAACAGGGAAUGUGACGUCAACAAGAUAAACUACAUGUACGCUCAGUAUGUCAAGAACACGAUGGAGCCGCUGAACAUCGCAGAUGUCACCGAAGACCAGAGAUUUCCAUGGACAAGUGAAAAUCUCCAGAUGUCAAAAUGUCAAGUUAAAAGUCUUCUCUGCACUCCGAUUAGGAAUGGAAAGAAGGACAAAGUUAUAGGUGUUUGCCAGUUGGUCAAUAAGAUGGAUGAUUGUACGGGGGAAGUUAAAGCCUUUAAUCGCAAUGAUGAGCAGUUUCUGGAAGCUAUCGCUAUCUUCUGUGGACUGGGCAUUCAAAACACGCAGAUGUAUGAAGCUGUUGAGAGAGCGAUGGCAAAGCAAGAGGUCACACUUGAGGUUCUGUCAUAUCACGCCUCUUCUUCAGAUGAGGAGACCCGGGCGCUCCAGACGGCAGCGAUUCCCUCGGCACAAUCUCUCCGACUGCUGGACUUUGGCUUUAGUGAUUUUGACCUGACAGAUGUUGAGACCACACAGGCGACCAUUCGUAUGUUUGUGGACUUAAAGCUCGUACAGAACUUUCAGAUGAACUACAAGAGUCUGUGCCAGUGGAUUUUAAGCGUAAAGAAAAACUACAGAAAAAACGUCGUCUACCACAACUGGAGACACGCCUUCAACACAUCUCAAUGCAUGUUUGCGGUGCUUAAAUCCGGACAGGUUCAGAAUAAUCUGAGUGAUUUGGAGAUUUUGGCACUGAUGAUCGCAACAUUGAGUCAUGAUUUAGACCACAGAGGCGUCAAUAACUCUUAUAUUAAAAGGAGUGAACACCCGCUUGCUCAGCUAUAUUGCCACUCCACCAUGGAGCAUCAUCACUUUGACCAGUGUCUUAUGAUCCUUAACAGUCCAGGCAAUCAGAUUUUGAGUAGUCUUUCUCUGGAGGAGUAUAAGACAACGCUGAAGAUGAUAGAAAAAGCUAUUUUGGCCACUGAUCUGGCUCUUUAUAUGAAAAAAAGGACCGAGUUUUUUGAGUUGGCUAAGAACAGUCAGUUUGUAUGGGAAGAUGAAGAACACAGAGAUCUUUUGAGGUCAAUGCUGAUGACAGCGUGUGAUAUCUCUGCAAUCACAAAACCCUGGCCUGUACAAAAGAGGACAGCUGAACUUGUUGCCACAGAGUUCUUUGAACAGGGUGACAAGGAGCGACAAGAGCUGAACAUUGAACCUAUUGAUUUGAUGAACAGGGAGAAGCGAGAUAAAAUUCCCAGCAUGCAAGUGUCGUUUAUUGAUGCCAUCUGCACACAGUUAUAUGAGGCGCUGGCGGGUCUCUCGGAGCUCUGCUCCCCUCUGCUGGAGGGCUGCAGGACAAACAGACACAAUUGGAAGAUACUUGCUGAACAAGGAGAUGAAGGAGCUUUGAUGAAUGGAGGACUGUAGCUUUCCGUGGCCAGGUGUCAUUUUUGAGACGGAUAUUCAGAGACAUCCUUACCGCUUAAAGGAGUUCACACUUUUAAAACUUUAACUUCUGCUAGUCAGGCAGGCGUUUCAGAUAUGAAGGAAAUGCACACCAACAGGUUAAAAGUGUGAGGAUGAAACUAUGAAGGACGCAAGAUGAAGAGAUGUUUUGACUACUGUGACUUAACCGUUUUCACUUAUUUAAGAAACAUUCGGGAUUCAACACAAGUUAACUUCUAUUGACAUCAUCUGUGAAUAAGAAAACAGCAUUUAUGACCAUCUAUGGGGCAAGGGUUUUUAUUAAAGCAUUUAUAUUUUGUAUGUACGAGCUGAAUUUAGUGACACUAUUACGUGGAUCAACUUAAAAAGUUUUUAUCUUUACAUGUUUAUACAAAAGGAUGUAAACAACUUUAAACAGAAAGGUUAGUAUGUAACUGUGUCGUAGUCGAGACCAACUAAGCUGUGACCAAGUCCAGGGGAUGUCGAGACCGAGACGAGCUGUGUCCAAAUCCGAAGACUGCGACCUCAGAAGGCGAGCACUCGGUCUUAAAAAGUCGCAGCCUCCGAAGUCCCCUAGACAGAGAACUGAAAUGAAGAGGGUCUAGCCUUUGAAGGAUCCUUAAUUUGUGUCACCUGUUGUACGCGCCCACCGUGCUUGUCAGUGGUACACAGCGGAGACGUUUCUGACUUAUUUAAAUAAAUAUCGAACCAAAAAAAUAUUCAUUUUAUUUGAGAAAAUAUUGUUGAUGUAGAUUAAACUAACCUAACUAACUAUAUCAAAUUAAUCAACCAUAGAAAUAUAAAAAAUGUACACAUAAUAUUAAUACAAAACAUAACUUAUAAUAGUUUUUAUUUAAUAAACAUUUUAAAUAAAUCUCGGGAUAGCCUAGGCUUUGUAGGAUCCAUCCGUUCUAUCCUUAGAAAUAAUGACGCAUUUUAAGGCUUCAUUUUAAGCAUCCUUUGAAUUAGGACGGCCUUACUAGCCUUCAUUGCGCUGCUGUGACGCAAUCGGUCUUAUGCUGCGUACACACCAAACACGAAGCAUUGUGUUCUUCGCUCCAGACUACACGCAGGAUUAAACUUCGUGUCAUACAAAAUUUUCGCUUCAGGUAACAAAAAUUUCACCUUACCAAAGACGUGUUUGAGUUGACAUAUAUGUUUUUUAGCCCAAUUACGCCCCAUUCAGACAGACAGCGACGUUAUUGCUGUGUGUCGCCGUCUCUUUCAAUGAGGCGUUUCUAAAUCUACUUGAUAAAAAAAAUGAGUACCAUCCACUCCAAUAACCGACGAGAGAAGGACGACGCAAAUUCCCAUGCUUCGCUCCCAUUGGUGGUCGCUCCCGAAAUUUGCAUCAUUUGCAUAAAGUUAAAGUUUUCUUAACUUUCUCACGCUGCUGGACACGCCCAUACGGUCGGCAACUGUCACUUUCACUCGUGUCACCAGAAGUCGCCGAGUUUCACUCUUCACUCUGCUACUGCUGGUCACUGGCUGUCUGAAUGGGGCGUCAAUCGCAUUACCCAGUGCAAGUUCACAUCUACUUGCAUCUUUGCAUUGGCUUUGUAUGUAAUCUACUCAUGCAAAUCAUUGAAUUCGCAUUUGGUGUGUACGCCCCAUUAGAAUACAUCCUUCGAAGGUUGCAGCCUUCAAAUUGGGACACAGCUCAAGACUUUUUGGGGCCAAGACAGAGACCAAAGACAACCGAGACCAAGAGACAAGAUCAAGCCCAUCAAAAGUUGGAUGGAAUUACAUUAGGGAUGCACCGCCGGCAAUUUUCGAAAGACUUUUAUCACCAAAACAAUAUGGCCGAAAUGUUGUGAUGAUGUAACAGAAACCAUACAUUAACAUACAUUUGGCGAAUAAAGCAAUGAAAAACAACGUAACAUUUGUAUGUGGAGC